AUGCAACAAAUUUCCUCAAAGGCAACGAAAAGUGCUACGGAACCGAUCCCUGCAAUUGACGCAGAUCACGAUGACCGUCUUGCAGAGCGUGAUGCAUACGACACCGCAAUGCUGCGUUUCAUCAACGACAUGGAUCUUUCCUCGAUGUAUGUGGAGAAGAUAUCACCAUACCCCAUUCUCAUGAAGAGAGGCUUUCUUGAAGAUGUGGAAAAUUUUCAAGAUCUUUUGUUUAUUGCUGUGUCAAAUAUCCUGGAUCGAUGGUGGGAAGAUACUGAAGCCAAUUUUCCCUGUCGCAUGCCAUUGGAACCACAUGAGGAGAGUGUAUUAAAGUGGGUGCAUGAAAGGUCGAAACAGGGCCUGAUGCAGCAUUACAAUGAGCGCCCGCUACACUGGAGGCCAGAUGUACUUCUCCCAGCAGCCGGACAUUCAAACACCAACCUACCUUUCAAGAUUUGCGAGAUCAACGCUCGUUCACCAUUCAACUCAAUGAUAAAGAGCAUCUGUAUGUUUCAGGCAGCGGCCACAAGCACAACAGCCCUCCCCGACGGGGUGGAACCUGCUUCAAGCGCAGACCUGAUGAUGGAUAGACUGGUUUCGCUAUUCAAACCGGAUCUUCCUCUCCAUGUUGUGUGGCACGAAGGGAUAACUGACCCAAUAGAUGCGUUCAGUUCCAUCUACAAGAAGCGAACAGGCAACAGACCGUGCGUAAUCCGUGCGACCGACCUACGACUCGCGCCGGAUUCCUCAUCCCCAACGGGUCACAUUUUGUGUUGCGUUAGCUCCACCACACCCGCAGAAUUUCAGGGAAUCGUAUCGGAGGCAGGGGAGCCUCUGGAGAGAAUCUAUCAAGUCGGACUCCAGAUGUCCCACAGUGAUUACAGUGACCUGUCUUCUGAAAUACUGCAGCAGCUCGCGGUAGACGGAAUCUGCGACUUACGCAACAUCUUCCUAGUCAGCGAUAAACGUAUGCUCGGCAUAAUCCGACAAGAGCUGGACUCUCUCGUGCACACGCAUGAUAUCCUCACCGCUGACCAGGCCGAGAUUGUCCGACAGGGGAUUGUACAUACCAUUCUGCCCGGCUCCCAGGACAUCGUACAACUCUUACGGCAGAUUCGUGAGGGCUCUAUAUCCAAGGACCGCUAUCUUCUUAAACCCGCCCGUGGACACCGCGGGAUGGGAAUAUAUCUUGGAAAAAGCACUGGGCAGGAAGAGUUCAAAGGUCUCCUUGAGGAGCAGGUGAACUCAUCUCUGCCUCCUGACAGGAGAUACGUUAUACAGCCUUUUAUUGAGCAGGAACUAUUUGACUUGAGGUUAUCUGAUGAUAGUGAGCCACAACAAUGCCGGAUGACGGGAACAUAUCAUGCCAUUGGUGGCUGCUUUGCCGGUUUGGGUGCUUGGAGAGCUGAUAGCGAGGAGAUUUGCUCCCGGUUCCACGGUGCAUUUAGUAUUCCGGCAGUUGUCCCUCGUUAA